AUGUCUCCUCCUCCAGUCGGUAAUUAUACCCUCCUCAAAACCAUCCCGGACGACCACACUCUCUCUUCACUCGUCGAGAGCUCGCCACUCGUUGUCGUGCACUUCGGCGCGGAAUGGUGCGCGCCGUGUAAAGCGAUGAACGACGCGAUGGAAGCGUUGGCAGGCGAAGUUGAAAAUUCCAACGCGUUCGCGUAUUGCGACGCGGAAGUGCUGGAAGAGUCCGCAGAAAAGUACGAGGUGACCUCCGUGCCGACGUUUGUGAUCGUGAAAAGUGGUAAAGUGGUGAAAACGAUCGAAGGCGCGGAUGUCGGGCAGUUAACGCGAGCGGUGAAGAUGCACUGUUUUUCCAACGCGAAAAGCGUUGAAGAUGAAGGAAAAUUUAAGGCAACAAAUAAGACGACGGUGAUGAAAGCGAGCAAGGAAAAAGAGACGACGAAUAGUAAUAACAACAACAACGGAAGGAAAGAGACGGAAGAGGAGUUACAGAAACGAUUGGUGCACUUGACGACGGUACAACCGGUGGUUUUGUUCAUGAAAGGGAACCGCGAGUCGCCGCAGUGCGGAUUCUCGAGAAAAUCGAGCGAGGCGUUGACGAACUGCGGGAUCGCGUACGGGACGUUCGAUAUUUUGUCCGACGAGAACGUUCGGCAAGGUUUGAAAGUAUUUUCGGAUUGGCCGACGUAUCCGCAGUUGUAUUUGAACGGUGAGUUAGCCGGAGGGAACGAUAUUAUUUUAGAAAUGGCUUCGGACGGUACGCUCAAAACGGAAUGCGAACGAGCGAUUGAUACGUGGACGAAAGCAAAGACGGAAAGGACGAAUAAAAGGAUCGAAUCGAUAUUGGCGGAAUCUAAAAACAUAUUACUGUUCAUGAAAGGGUCGCCGGAUGAACCCAAGUGCGGCUUUAGCUCGAAAGUUGUUUCAGCGUUGCGAGAAACCGGCGUAGAGUACGAUACGUUUGACAUUUUAAAAGACGAGGAGAUUAGACAAGGGAUGAAAGCGUACAGCGAUUGGCCGACGUUCCCGCAGCUGUAUUAUAAGAAAGAGUUAUUGGGUGGGUGCGACAUCGUGUUAGAAAUGGCUGCCGACGGAACUUUGAAAGAGGAGAUUACCAAGUAG